AUGCCCGCGCAACUUCACUAUCGUUCUCCUAAGAGCGAAGCAAGCCCAGACUCGGUCGGCCCAGUGUACAAGUCGUCUUCGAUAUCCUCUCCUGAAGAUCAAAGCCUGUCGUCCAAGUCAAAUUGUCGCAAACGAAAAUCGUCGGCCGAGAUUGACGAUGACGACGACGACGAGCUGGAGGGUCAUCAACCCGUCAAAAAGACAGCUCAUAAUAUGAUCGAGAAGAGAUACCGCACCAAUCUCAACGAUAAAAUCGCAGCUCUUCGAGAUAGCGUGCCAAGUUUACGCAUCAUGUCGAAGAGUGCGAGAGGAGAGGAUACGACGGGAGAUAGGGAGGAACUACACGGCUUAACGCCAGCACAUAAACUAAAUAAAGCAACGGUUCUAAGCAAGGCUACUGAGUAUAUCCGGCAUCUAGAGAAGAGGAACAUACGCCUCAUCGACGAAAAUUCGGCCAUGCAGCAACGAAUAGCGGCCUUCGAAAAGCUUUUUAUGGCGGGUGCGAUGAACGGCACAAUGAGUCCUUUGCAACAAGGCCCUCCGUCCACACCUAUACAGUCUACGCCAAUACAAUACUCACAAGAGCCCAAUGGUUUCGCGAACUCGACGAUGGGCACGCCUGGCCGGUCCGAUCCCCAGGGGAUGAUCCAAGUACCGGAUGACAUGAAGCGAAUUCUGGCUGCCCAGUUAUCGGCAAGUCAGCCCUAUUCAGUUCCCCAACAACCUUACGGAGGUAGCCCUGCUCUACUACGUCAACAACAGAUCCAACAACAGCAGCAUCAUAUACAGGCCAGGGGUUGGCAAAAUGCCGGUCCUUACUUCGGCAAGUUGAUGGUCGGCUCCCUAGCUGGAUUAAUGCUUCUAGAGUCGGUGCGGGAGAAUGAACAGAGCAACGAGACACCUGAGGGUCGCGGCCUUUUCGCCCUUCCUGUACAGCUCCUCAGAUUUAUCAUAUCAUCGCUGAGCAUAAAUUUCAUGGGAUACCACGUGCAGAGCGCACAAGUAUUAUACUCGUUCAAGAUCGUGCUGCUGCUUUGCAGUAUAUGGUGGGCCGUUGUUCUUUCACUUGCGGAACGUAGGGCUCAAAGCAUGGAGGGCUCUAAAGAACAAAAAACUGCGUCCUUAAGAGCAGUGCCGUCCUUGGCGUCACCCAUUCAUGUACGUCGCCAGGCCUGGCUCACAGCCAUACAAACAGUCUGGGUUCCCCGUCACAACUUCUUCCUUGAGGCUGCUGCGCUUUGUCUGAAAACCCUAAAAUUGAGUCUACGGAAUUCUAUUGGGAUCAACGGCUAUCAAUCCAUAACCGGCCUCACCCAAGAUCAGGAAAUUGCCCGUGUCAAGGCAUGGACAAUCGCUCUAGAUGCCCAGCUAGCCGGGGGAGAUGUCGAAAUCAGUAAGAGCCGAUUAACGUUGACUUUGCUCGCUUCGGGGACUCUCCCCGCCACUCCACAGCGACUAAUGCUCAAAGCACUUCACAUUCGUGUCCUCUUAUGGGAAGUUGGUCUUUCUGGUAUUCAACUUGGCAUAUUUGAUACAUUUGCCUCCAAGUUGGCCAGGGCGAAGUGGAAUGAGGCCAAACAACUUCAUAGACUCCUCACACAGCUCCGUCGUGGUGGACACGAACAAUCAGAUGAUGAGCUACCCGACCAUCUAGCUGCCUUGCUUGAACAAGACUGUGACGUUGUCUUAAACCCAAGCAUUGUCCAGAGAGCCCACAAUCUUGCUUGGAACCGUCGGACUGAGUACAAUGCGAUCGGCAUUACCGAUGGUAUGGACACGGUAGUGGAUGAUUUGGCAGUCCGAUCACCUAUGGACGCAGUUGCGGCUUGGUGGUCGAAUAUGAUGUUACAAGGUGCUCUUACGAACAGUCUACUUAUCCGAGAGGAUGAUGAGGCGGACAAGACUCAGCAAGUCGAAGAUGAUGUGUCUUUAGCCAUCAGGACCGCCCCCAUCGGAUCAAUCGCCCAAAAUCGUGCUCUAGUUGCACGAGCACUCUUAUUCGAGGAGAAACGCAACAUGAAUAUCAUGGCCGCUUUGCAAGCUAUUGGACCUGUCACACCGGUCCUCUCAUCCAACGGCUCUGCGGGUAGUUCUGGUCGCGGAACACCUUCUACCCCAUCCAUCCCGUCGACCCCAAUCAAGGAUCUGCCACCUUCACUCAUUAUGACGACCGAAAUGCGGACCUCCCUCCUUUGUGCAAUGGCCAUUGCACAUCUUCAAAAGUUUUCUCCUCCCGAGGAACCGGUUGGUAUCUAUGGUGUAAUCGAUCAGAUUCACCCUCUCAGCGACAUGGGAUUGCUUGGCUACACCGCCACCUUCAAAUUGAUGGACAGAUUAGCUAGCCACGAGUUUGCCGCCGAGGCAUGCGCAGAUACACUUGAACGACUUUCCGGUACACUACGGAUUUGGACCGGCAAGGAUUGUGGGCUUGAGCCAGAAAUCAGGCACCAAAUGGUCGAACGAUGUCUGGUGGUAACUCGUGGCGUUGUAGGCAUGGGUAUUGACACUGACACUGGCUAUGAAAGUAUCUCAGUGAGCGAGAGUGAAACCGAGCAUGACAGAUCGGCCAGCCCUGAACUCGUAAUGGAACCAAAAUCCUCUAUCACCAGCCCAGGCGUCGCCUAA